AUUCUAUUCUUAGCCCCUUCCCUUUACUUUUCCCCUCACUUUUAUAUAUAUUAUUUUCCUCUAUUAUUCACACCAUAUUUGAACCCUUCUCUUUUCUGUGCACCCUGAUUUGUCAGACUUUCUCUUUCCAUGGCAUUUAUUUGCCUUCACCCCAAUAUUUACAAUAUACUUCUUCAGCUUUUCUCUACACCUGAUAUCAAUCCCUUAUUAUGCUACAAUAAUGAUCCAUCUGUUCAGUCAAUGUAUCAGUUUCCUUGAUAACCCAAAGGCCAGACCUUUAAAGAAAAAAAGUUGCAAAUAUUCUGACAUAGAAUACUAUAAAUGGCAAACUAUAAUGACGACUGACAUCAGAUUCUGGCAAAAGAAUGCAAUGAGCCGAAAAAUUUAAAAAUCUGAAAGAAAUGUGUGGUAUGUCUGCACUAAACGUCAUUUACUUCAGUCUCUAAUGGCAAAAAUAUACCAGGAUAAUUACUUUACAACAUACAUAAUCUGCUUACUUAGAUGUCUGAAAGACCAGUGAACCGGUUUUAUAAAAACAAACAGAACUAUACUUUGUCCUUGCAUGGUAUAUAUUGUGUACAUGGGAUUUCAAACUAUUUAUGCAUGGUCACGGAAACCUUUAUUUCCUCUCUAGAGAAUUGAAAUACUACAUAACAUUUUAGUACAAAGCAUAAAAAAUCUUUAAUGGCAUUUGUCUUUUAUGAUGCAUAUAGUUGUGAAUUAUUCUUGUUGUGUCUAGUAAUGCACAAAGAUUUAACAUGAGUUUUUCAAAUGGCAUCAAGUUAUAUAACUAGGGUUAAAACUAGAAUGUCAGUUUUGUAAAUGACUUGCAAGAUAAGGGACAGGAAUGGGGAUACCUACGUAAAGCCUCCAGCCCCUUAUGGCAGUGAUGUAUUUAAGGUGCAAGACUCUGCGUUCCAUUCUGCAGUGCAAAGACCUGCAACUAAUUAAUGAAUGCUAAGUGCAGUACAGAGCGCAAAAUGUAAAAAUGUGGUGGUUAGCCUUUUCUUCCCUCUUUGUACCUUGCCCUGCACUAAGUAAAUCAAUCCUACUAAAUAAUAUUGCUAUUUACAUUGGUUUUCCAGCUUCCAGCAUUGCUCUGUCCAGCACCAGUGGAACAUAUUUAACUAGCACCACCAUUGCAGUUCCUACCAGCACCACUCAGAUAUUUUUAACCUCACCAUCCAGCAAAUCUACUGCCAGCACCACCAGUGCAGCUACCAACAGCACAAAUACUACAAGGGUCACCAGCAGAAUUACAACCAAUAUCACCAGGACUGCUGCAACAACCUCAAAUACAACUACUUCAAACAGCACAGCUGCAACAACAACCACCACUAGCAUAACUAUGUUUAACACCACCAGUACAGCUCCAAACAACACAAGCACAGCUCAAACCACCACCGCAAAUGUAGAUUUUAUCAACACGGCCAGUGCCAGUACAACCGGCACCAUUAUCAUAGCUCCUACAAGUAGGAGUAGUAUAACAACUACAACAAGCAUGGUCCCAACCACUAACACCAGCACAGCCCUAACCUCCACUAGUACAGCUUCAACCAUAAUUCUCAGUUCAUCCUUAACCAACACAACAAACUUAGCCAAAACCACCACAAUCACAGCUCCACUCACCAUCACAAGCUCAGCUACACCAACUACUGGCAGCAUAGCUUUAAACACUACCACACGCUCCGCUGCCAAAAGUGCAAACACACUUACUCCUUUAAGUUUAGCAACAAACAACACAGCUCAGACUACCACCAGUGCAGCUCUAACUACAACCAUCAGUACAGCAAGCACAACUUCAACCACUUCAAGUAAAGCUCCAGCCACCAUCAGCUUCACUACUACCAACACUACUCCGAGUACCAAUACAAACUCAGCUACAACUACUACUAUCAGCACAGUUCCCAUGACCACAACACAUACAGCUUCAACCACCUUAACAAGCACAGCUUCAACCACCUUCAUAAGCUCAGCUACAACAACUACAACCAGCACAGCUUUAAUCUCUACUAGAAGCUUCACUACCACCAAAAUAACUUUAACUACUAAUACAAACUCACCUACAACUACUACCAACAGCACAGUUACCAUGACCACAACAAGCACAGUUCCAACCUUUACCAUAAACCUAAAUAGAAGCACACCCUCAACCAGCACAGUUCAAACCACUAGCAGAAGUAUAGUUCUAACCAUCACCAGUAGUAUGCCACUUACCAGCGGCAAAUCUGUUACUACAACCAGCAGCACAGUUUCAACUACAACCAGUACUAAAGCUACAAACACCACUGGCACAGUUUUGUUUACAACCAAUACAACAGCCUCAACCACAAGCACAUUUCCAACUAUUACACCAAAUGUAGCCAGCACCAGCACAGUUUCAAUGACCACCAACAGCACAACACCAACCACAACCACCAGAACAGCCCCAGCCACUACCACAAGUAUAGCUGUACCCUCUACAACUACAGUUCCAAUAUCCACCUCUAGCACAGCUACAACCGCCAGUAUAGCUUUAAGAGCAACAAACAAUGCUCCAACUACAUCCACAGGUACAGCUCCAACCAUAACCACCAGUACAGCCCAAGUCACCAAAAGCACAGCUCCAACAACAACCAGCACAACUCUAAGCAUUACCACCAGUGCUUCUCCAACUAGCACCAGCACAGCUCCAACCACAACUACCAGUACAUCCCAUGUUACCAAAAGCAUAGCUUCAACCACAACCGGCACAAAUGUCAGCAUCACCACCAGUGCUGCUCAAACUACCACCCGCACAGCUCCAACCACAACUACCAGUAUAAAACCAUUUACUAAAAGUACAGUUCCAACCACAACCAGCAUAACCACAUGCAUAACCACCACUAGUGCUCCAACUAACACCAGCAGAGCUCCUACCACAACCAGCACAGCACUUAGCAUCACCACCAGUACUGCUCCAAGCACUACAGCUACCAACAGCAGCAGAACUACAACUACUACAACCAUAACACCAACUGCAACCAGGACCAUAACUAAAACCACCAAAACUGAUGUUACAGCAUGUGGCAAAGGAGGUCCAUCAGCACUGGAAGACAAAAUAGUAGGAGGAACAAAUGCUGUUCUGGGCUCAUGGCCUUGGCAGGCUGCUUUGGUUUCUAACUAUUUAUGUGGUGCCUCCUUGAUCAGCAAUACCUGGCUUGUCACUGCCGCUCACUGCAUUGUCACAAAUGAUCCAAAUUCAUAUACAGUUCGUUUAGGAACACUUUAUUGGUAUUCUACAAUAAACAGAUUUAAACUUCAACAAAUUAUCAUCCAUGAGAACUAUACCUCCGCAACAAUGGGUUAUGACAUUGCACUUCUGAAACUGGCUACUCCAGUCACCUUCACAAGCUAUAUUCAAUCAGUUUGUCUACCAGAAGCAUCCAGUAGUUUUCCUGACAACUCAUCGUGCUACAUCACUGGAUGGGGGACACUUUCAUAUGGAGGGUCUGUAUCUAACAUUUUGCAAGAGGCACAAGUGGAAAUCAUAAGUACAAAGUUGUGCAGCAGUUCUCUGAUGUAUGGAAGUACAAUAAAGCCAUCAAUGUUGUGUGCUGGUUAUGUGAAUGGGAACAUUGAUUCUUGUCAGGGUGAUUCAGGAGGUCCUCUCGUUUACCGAAACUCAAGUGACUCAUCAUGGUACUUGGUUGGAAUUAUUAGUUUUGGAGAUGGCUGUGCUCAAGCAUACAGGCCAGGAGUGUAUGCGAGAGUUACUUACCUGCGCAAUUGGAUCAAAGAAAAGACUGGUAUAUAGUAUAAAUUGAAAAGUACAAAUGAAAUACACUGUACUUGAAUACAUUGUCCUAAUUUAUAGAAAAUUGUGAUAUUCUAUUUAUCCUAUUUAUUGCACUAUAAACUUUUCAUUAUUGUUAUAUUUAAAUACAGUUUAUUAUUAUUAUUUUGUCUAAAUCAUGUUCAGUAGGGUAAA